AGCAUAGCAGAUAUGAAACAAUGGAUACUUGUCUCAAGCCUAUUAGGAAUAUGUUCUGCUCUGCCGAUACUUCCUCAGCAUGCUGGGAUACCUGGAAUGGGUAGUAUAAGUCUUGAGGGGAUGAGACAAAUGGCUGGAGCAAAUAUGCCUAAUGUCCUCCCACAGUAUGCGUCACCUUAUGGGUUUGCAAAUACAUUUCCUUCUAUGUGGACCCAUGGUAUCUUCCCAUCACAUGGAUUCUAUUGGAGGAGGCAAAGAGCUCAGCCACAUGAAACCCAACAGUAUGAAUACUCUAUGCCAGUACACCCACCUCCACUGCCAUCUCUACAAACGCCCAUCCAGUUUCAACAGCCUGGAAUACAAGAACAGCCUCCCUACCAAGUCCUGAAUCAAAUUCCUACAAGGCAAGUCUGGCUUCAUCCAUAUGAUGUUCAGCCAUCAAUUCAGCAGAAGUUUCCACCACCAGAAGCCAACCAGCCUGUUGAUCCACAACAGCAGACCCUGCCAGGAGAGAGACAAACUCAACAGUUCUAUCCAGGUUUGCAUGGAACCCAACAAGACCCAUCCCAGCGAUCUAUGCUUCCAAAUUUGUAUUACCUGCCUUAUGUAGCAAACCAAGGAGGUGCUCCUGCCAGAAUGGGAAUAGUAAGCUCAGAAGAAAUGCAGGGUGGUGGAUUUGGUGCACCAGCCUACCGAGCAGCAGGAACUGAUCUCUUUGCCAUGGAUGCUAGAUUUGGAAACUCUCCACUCAACCAGCCAGGCGAUUACACUGUUGAAGAUGAUCAGCUUGGAAUAACAGAACAGCCUGAUGUGAAAGGAGGGGCUAAUGCUGGAACUAAUCCUUCUGGCCAGGGGAACAAUGCCAUCCCCGUAGAUGGCAGCCAGGGGGGUGCCUUGCUAAAUGCCAACAGCCACUUACUCAGCCCUGCUGGUCAGAGCCAAGGACUCUCAGGGGUAGCCCAGGCUACAGGAAUCCCUCUACCUACCCAGGGGCUCCCUGGCAGCUUCCUCCCUUUGGAUUCUGCUGAUCCUACUAUGUCUCUGGAUCCCACCAUGUUCCCUGACACAUAUACAGCCAAUGCUGGAAAUGAGGCUGGCAUGGCACAGGUGGGCCAGGAUGUAUGGCAUUUCCAAGAGCCCUGA